GGGGAGGGAGAGGGGGAGGAUCUGCUAAUUACACCGAGCAGCUCUGGGGGCUGCUGAAGUCCACAAUGAAGCAAAGAGCGGCAGAAGCCAGCGCCGCAGCGGGAGCGGAGGAGCCCGAGCGUCACCGAGAGCUGCAGCUGGUGGGGACAAGCGGGGACAGCCGGGGGGUCCCACAGCCACGCAGCCCCCUGGGGACACCCCCAGGCUAAGGCCAGUGGGGGGCUAGGUGCCCGCCGUGCCCACCGGGAAGGGCUGAGCGAUGGCAGCCCAAGGAGGGGCAGCCAAGCCCCCAGCCCCAGCCGGGAUGGAGAACUUCCGAAAGGUCAGGACGUCGGAGGAGGAGAGCCCCCUGCCCUUCCCCGACCUGCCCCCGGGCGUGGUGGAGAUGAAGGUGAAGGAGGGCAGCAAGAUCAGGAACCUGAUGAGCUUCGCCAUGGCCCAGAUGGAGCUGAAGGGCAGCCGGCAGAUCGUCUUCAGCGGCUGCGGCCGGGCGGUCACCAAAACCAUCACCUGCGUGGAGAUCAUGAAGCGCAAGCUGGGGGGGCUCCACCAGGUCACCAAGGUGCGCUACAAAACCUUGCUGGAGGUCUGGGAGAACCAGGACCCUCCGCCUGGCAGCGCGGCGCAGAACCUGACCGUCCACAAGAACGUGCCCUCCAUCUGCAUCCUGCUCUCCCGCGACCCCCUGGACCCCAACCAGACGGGCUACCAGCCCCCCGAGCCCGGCCAGCCAGGAGAAGACCCCUCCAGCUCCUCCACCAAGGGGCAGAAGCGGCCCCCGCCACCUCCCUGCGAGGAGCUGCUGCCCAAAAAGCUGCAGGGAGCCGGCCCCAGCAGCAGCCCCUGGGGCUCGGGGGACAGGGACAGCCAGCUAGAGGGCCACCACUGACCUGCCACCUCCUGCUUACAGGGGGGCUCUGGGGGUGCCCCUGGGGGGCUGCUGAUCCUCCUGUCCCCAGGGCGGUGGCAAUGCCACAAACCACCCUGUCCCCAAUCCCAGUUCCCCGUUUCGGUGACUGCCGGCAAGGAGGCAAGGACGGGGGCUGCCUGCAGGAAAACCUCCCCUCUCCAAACUUUUCCUCUGCCUGGCACCGUGUGCGGGGAUGCGGAGCUGCUCACACCCCCUGCUAAAUAACCCCCUGCCGAAAAGGGCUGCGGACCCCCGGGACUCCUGCAGAGCUGGAGCAUCCUUUGCUUUUUGCCCAGCCUGGGAAAAGCAGCACUGCUCCACACCGAGACAUCCCAGCCAUCAGGAGAGGCAGCUUUGCCCACAGCCCCCUGGAGUGACACCUUCAUUAUGAAAACCGCUUCGAUUGCACCCGGAGAGGAGCUGUCAGGUUUAUUAAUGCUGGGCUCCGCGCCUCAUGGCUCCUGCGAUUCAUCCCGAAUAACACACAAACAAGCGGGUGGGUCGCUUUCUGCCUCUCCUGCCCCGCUACUUGUCUCCCCUUUCCCCUCCGACGUGGCACCGUUUCUAUUUUGUGCUUCUCUCUGAAAUACCUGAAGCUGAUCCAUCCCCUCCCAGCACCGCUGCAGCCCGAGAGCCAAGGAAAUGAGCCCUGGAGCACUGCUUUUUUUGUUUGUUUGUUUUAUUUUAAUAGCAGCCCCCAAAGAGAAGAAAAUGAAAUAAUCCUUCUCGUAUCAGAUAUUUCGGGUCUUCACUCUCCUAGAGCUGUUUGCAGGAUCCAGAGCCACGGUGAAAGCCUGAUGUCGAGGGACUGGGACGAUGGGGAGCAUCGGGCAGCUCGUCUCCUGCUGCGUGCUGAACGGACACCAGGACGAGGGGGAGCUUGUGCCUUUGUAGGUUUGGCUGCAGAGCCCUCGCCGAGGGCUGUCUCACAGGAGAAAGCCCUUCAGAGCGACCCCUCUGCUUUUACCAGGGGUAAAAGGAAACUAAUCGAGAAUAAAAGCUCUUUAGAAAUAGCUGGGAUAUGCCUGUGGGAAAAUGGGGGGGUCAAUUUUGCGACCGCCCGUGGCACAGAUGGGCGCGGGGAGGGUGGGACUGCCAAGCCAGAACGGGGGGAUCCUGGCCAAACCGUGUCCCCAGGGGACGAGGGAUCGGGGCCAGCCUCUCCUGCAUGCCCUGGCAGCCACUUGGCCCCCGCGGGCACAGCAGAGCCUGGCAAAGCCUCCCCCAGAGCCCCCAUCUGGAAAAUCGCUUUGCUUGGCUGGGAGAGGGAUUGAAAGGAGAGCAGGGGAGUGAGGAAGAGGAGGAGGAGGAAGCAGGGGGCUGUUUUGUUUGGCAAUGACCUUGUUAUCUCCCUCAGCAGGCAGCUGCUCCUCCGGGCCAGAGGCUCCCGCUUAUCUGCCCUGCUGCAGAUUGAUUCCUUUCACGGAUCUGCCACGGUGUAAUUGAACAUUAAUUACCAAUUGUUUCAUUUUUUUUGUCUGUGUUUCUUGUUUGUUUGUUUGUUUUUCCAUGCAGGGAGAUGGGAGGUGUACGGGGGUGGGGGGACAUGAGAAGUGGAGGGGGCUGAACAGACCCCAUAGCAUCUCCCACAGGUUUCCACCCUAAAUGAGGCUAAAGAAGGACUUCCUACUAUGCAUAAAGAGAGGGGGAAUCCUGGACAUCACAGAGGGUGAUGUUCCCCCAAAGCCUCGACCUUGCCCUCACUGAUCACAGCCAAGGAUUUCUGGUCUCCUAACAUGCUGGCCGGCAACGGCAGGACUUUGGGGGCAGAUUUAUUUAACCUUAACAAUGCGGUGGCUUCCCCAUCAAACCAAGGAGAGGGGCUGGGAAAGCUUUCCUAUCGGAUGAGCAGAGCCUGUGUCAGUGGGAGAUGGAAAUAAAACAAGUUCAAUUCACCCA